AUGGUCCGCAACCUCGUCCUCCUCUCCGGGUCCUCCCACCCAUCCUUUGUCGAUGCCGUUGCCACGUCGCUCGGCAUCGCGCCCUCGAACAGGCUACUGGCCAAGUUUGCAAGCGGCGAAACCCGGUGCGAGAUCCGCGACUCGGUAAGGGGGAAGGAUGUGUACAUCGUGCAGAGUUUUGGGUGCGGUGAUCAUGGCGUCGGACUUGGGCAUAGGAAUGGAGAGGACGAGGACGAAGCCGAAGACGAAGCCGAGAAGAAGCAUGGCCCCCAUGCCGCUCCCAGAGAGAAACAGCACACGGUCAACGACUACUUCAUCGAACUGUGCAUCAUGAUCUCGGCGUGCAAGACAGGGAGCGCAAGGCGAGUCACUGCCGUCCUACCCCUAUUCCCUUACUCCCGUCAACCGGAUCUGCCUUUCUCCAAGGUCGGCGCUCCGCUUGUCGGCAUGGGUCCGCCGCCUGGAGGGGGAGAAAACGGAGGAGCAGAAAGGGGAGGAGGCGACGCACAGGGGAAAACGGGCACGGCCAAGUACACGUUCGAGAGUGUCCCCGUCACGCCGGGGCCGCAUGUCCCGCGGACCUCAGGACUGGGCGCCCCGGGGUUUGAGAUGAUAGAUAUGUUUAGCACCUUGCGGGUGCCGUCGGCUGCGCGGGUUGGGGGGGGUAGUAGCGGCUGGGCAACACCGGCCCUGGGGCUUCCGCCGGCGCCGCAACAGUACACGACGCAUGACUAUGAGAACCCGUCGUUGGCGAUGGCGUUGCAGGCCGGGUCAGGGCAUAAGCAGUUCAUGGCGCAGGCCGGGUCGUUGGUGGCGGACUUGCUGACGUGUGCUGGAGCGGACAGGGUGUUGACGUGCGAUCUCCAUGAGAGUGCUUAUCAAGGGUUUUUCGAUAUUCCGGUCGACAAUCUCUACGCUCGCCCGUUGCUCAAGGAAUACAUCGAGCGUAGGAUCCCCAGCUACCGUGAUGCGGUCAUCGUCAGCCCUGAUGCGGGCGGCGCUAAACGCGCCAUCGCCAUCGCUGAUAGCCUCGGACUCAACUUUGCCCUCAUUCACAAGGAACGUCGUCACACCAACGUCAACUGCCCACCCAAAGCCACGAUGAUGCUCGUCGGCGACGUCGCCGGCCGCACGUGCAUCCUCGUCGACGACCUAGUCGACACGGCCAACACCAUCACGCGAGCGGCCAAGCUACUGAAGCGGGAAGGGCGGGCAACAGGCGUAGUGGCGCUGCUGACGCACGGCGUGCUAAGCGGCGACGCGAUCGCGCGCAUCAACGCCUCGGCACUCGACCGCGUGGUUGUGACCAACACGGUCGCGCAGUCGGCGGUUCGGCGCGCGGCGUGUCCUAAGCUAGAGGUGUUGGAUGUGAGUGCGACGUUUGCGGAGGCUAUUCGGAGGGUGCAUCACGGUGAGAGUGUGAGUCGGUUGUUUCAGUAUGACUGA